AUGUGCCGUCUCCUGGUGCCCCUCUGCGCCCUCAUCGGGCUAACGCUGGCCGUGCAGCCGUUUGGUGACGAUGGUUAUGCUGGGGAAAUGGCCAAGCGUAAAUCGGCAUACAUGCGAUUCGGGCGCUCCGACCCGGAUAUGGUGCCGGUGGAGGAUGAAGCUUUGGAUAUGGAGAAGAGGAAGAGCGCCUAUAUGAGAUUCGGUAAGCGAUCGGCAGCUGCUGAGCAGGAGCUGGUGCCUGAGGACGAGAUGGCCUUGGAGAAGCGCAAGUCCGCCUAUAUGCGCUUCGGCAAGAGGAAGUCGGCUUAUAUGCGCUUCGGAAAGCGUUCCCCGGUUGAGUCGAUGAUCGAGGAGGCGGAGCCGCUCGAUAUGGAGAAGCGGAAAAGCGCCUACAUGCGCUUCGGAAAA